ACUGGAGACAUCAUUCGCAAGCGGAUCAAGCAAAUUAAGAUGGUGGAAGUGGAGCGCAAGGAGUAUGCGUGCGACUUGGUGACAGAGGUGGACAAGGAGUGCGAGCGAUACAUCACAAGCACCGUCAAUGCCACCUUCCCUCUGCAUCGCAUCAUAGGCGAGGAGACAGCCACAGGGGAGGACAUGGCGUGGCUGGAGCAGGGAGCUGACCCUGCUGCUGCUCCUGGUGGUGAUGGCAGUGCUGCCGCUGCUGCAAUGAACGAGUGGGUGUGGAUUGUGGACCCUAUCGACGGCACACUCAACUUUGUGGGGGAGAUCCCUAUGUGCGCCGUGUCGCUGGGUGUGGCCAGGCAGGGCCGCCUGGAGGUGGGAGUGGUGUACAACCCCUUUACCAACGAGCUCUUCAGCUGCCGCCGUGGGGAAGGUGCAUAUUUGAACGGCAACCGCAUUACCAUUCCAAACGAGCCUAUUGCUAUUGGUGAUGCUGCCAUUGCUGUGGGCUUUCCAUCCAACCCAGAUCAGCGGCAGAGAAUGAUAGAAGCAGUGGCAGCAGUGGCACCCCACGCCAGGACCAUGAGGGCCUUCGGAUCUGCGGCCUUGCAUAUGAGCUAUGUGGCAGCAGGUCGGCUCGGUGCUUUCUUUGAGGAAGGGCUUAAGCCUUGGGAUGUGGCAGCAGCUCACCUCCUUGUAGAG